GACAGGCGAAUCACGCGAAGGCGGAUUUCACAUGUCGCUGAAAAACUGGGCGAGAAUUUGGGGUUGGAAUUGGAGAGUGAGUGAGUCAGUGCCCAGCUCAUCAUCCCUCAUAUCAACUGAGCAAACAAACCAGCGCGGGAGAGACUGGCUGAGUAACUGCUUUGUUGUUUGUCUAUUUCUUAACCCUCCCUCCCUCCACCUCAACAUUGUUACAUGAGGUCAUCCUGCAAAUACCAGCCAUGAGAGCCCAAAUUGAAGUGAUACCGUGUAAAAUCUGUGGAGAUAAAUCUUCAGGAAUCCACUAUGGAGUCAUCACUUGUGAAGGAUGUAAAGGUUUCUUCAGGAGAAGCCAACAGAAUAAUGCUGCAUACUCCUGUCCUCGUCAGAGGAAUUGCUUGAUUGAUCGGACCAAUCGGAAUCGUUGCCAGCAUUGCCGACUGCAGAAGUGUCUUACUCUUGGAAUGUCACGUGAUGCUGUGAAGUUUGGUCGCAUGUCCAAAAAGCAACGUGACAGCCUCUAUGCAGAGGUACAAAAACAUCAACAACACCAGGAGCAGUUGGCAUCAAAGGAAGAUUCUGAGGGACUAGCACGAGUCUACACAAACAGUGUCAGUAGUGGACUGGGAGAUCUGGAUGACAUUAGCAGCACAUUCUCAGACGGGCUCCUGUUUGACUUUCCACUGACCCCUGAUGGAGGAAACAGUUUUUAUAACUUUGAUCUUUCAACCUCUGCUGAACCAUCUCCAGACCAGUCUGCUAUUGACAUGAAUGACAUUAAACACAUUAAACAAGAGUCCAUAUAUGAAAUCAUGCUGGAACCCAGUUUGUUCUCCUAUCCUUCACCAGAGAGUGGUCAACUAGCCUCAGAAAUUUCAAUGGCAGAGAUAGAUCGGAUAGCGCAGAAUGUGGUGGAAUCACAUUCAGAGACUUGCCAGUACACAACUGAAGAGUUGAAGCAGCUUGCCUGGCAGCCAUAUACACAAGAAGAAAUCAGGAACUUUCAAAAUAAGUCCUGUGAGGCCAUGUGGCAGCAGUGUGCAAUCCAGGUGACAAAUGCAAUCCAGUACGUAGUGGAAUUUGCCAAGCGAAUCAGUGGAUUCAUGGAACUGUGUCAGAAUGAUCAGAUUAUACUCCUUAAAGCAGGUUGCCUAGAAGUCUUACUGGUUCGAAUGUGCCGAGCAUAUAACCCUUUGAACAAUACAAUAUUUUUUGAAGGAAAGUAUGGAGACACACAGAUCUUCAAAUCAUUGGGUUGUGAUGAUUUGAUCAACAUUGUCUUUGACUUGGCAAAAAGCUUGUGCUGCCUGCAUUUGACGGAGGAAGAGAUUGCAUUAUUCACAGCUGGCAUCUUAUUAUCACCAGAUCGACCAUGGUUGACAGAAGCUAGAAAAGUCAAGAAGCUACAGGACAAGAUUUUUGAGGCAUUGCAGCAUGUCAUUCACAAAAAUCAACUGGAUGAUGACAAGUUAUCAAAGCUGAUCUCCAAAUUGUCCAUGGUGAAGUCCGUAUGCAACCUCCACGUGGAUAAGCUACAGCUAUUUAAGUUGCUACAUCCACAAACAGUGCACAACUUUCCUCCACUCUACAAGGAAGUAUUCAGCACAGAGAUGCAAUAUCCAGACUCCUCCAACAGCUAAGUUUGCCAGUUCUGUGCAACUCUGCAUUCCCAAAGUGAAAAAAAGGAUUUAAAAUUCCUGCAUCACCAAUUGCAAUAGCACUAGGAUGAAUGUACUGCACUUCAUAAGGUUUCACCGCAACAGUCAAAAGAAUGUAAAUACUUGGAUACUAAGUAGUGGAAAAAAACCCCUUGUGCAUGACAUUUAAAAGCUGCUCCAUUGUGUUCAUGGACCAGAGUUAAUUCAAAAUUGCAAGACUGACCUUCCAAUGCUGUUUGUGAAAUCUGUUUCUGUUGGUAAAAAGAACUGUGGAUUAAAGGAGUAUAGAUAGUAUUUUAUCUGUAAUGCAAACCUAUAUAUUUUAUGAAGGGUUUUUCUUUUUACUGAGAUUUCAGUGAUUUCAGGGUUGCUCUUGUGGUUCAUCAUUGAUGGAAGAUUUAUUACGCAGGCAGUUUUUUUUAACUUCAGCAGUAAUAAAUUAUGAAGAUGAUUUGAAGGAAUGGAUCAAAAUUUCUUGAAACUAAAUUACAACAAUGCUGAAACCAGCAUUUAAAACGUUGAAAUCUUAUACAUGUAAAUAUGUAUGUGUUUAUAUUAUUACUAUAUAUCUUUAGGAAAUGGUCAAAAAAGACACCUGCAUGUAAUAAUUAAGUAAAAGAUUAUGGCAUCCAUUAGCACUAUGACCAUGUUAGUGGACAGUAGUCUUGGCUUCGCAAUGUACUUUAUUUUAUCUUUAGAUUGAAGUCCAGUGUUUCCCUUAGUUGCCAUAAAAUGGCCUGUUGGACUGACUAUUGCAGAAACACGUUAGAUGGCUAAGAAAAGGUUUCUUUACUUUACUGCCCAGGAACCAAAUUAUUCCAGGUGAUGGGGAACCCUGAAUAACGUGUUGAAAAAUGCAGUCACACAGGCUGGUAAGAUUUUAAUAGCUAACUGUAAAGUGGCUGCGAUCUUCAAAAAGUGACAGCCCUAAGCUGGUUAUAGUACACCAAAGUGACAUUUGGCAUCUGAAUUUGUAGGCAGAAAAUUAAAUCGAUAAAGUUAAAAUGCUGGUAAAAAUAAAAUUAACUGCUGAUCUACUCACAGCAGGCAACAAUGUGCCCCCAAAACUUAAAAAUGCACUUUUUCUCACUUUUUUUCAAGUGAUAAUCCCUUG